AUGUAUGUCCAUACAACUACCUGGUCUAGCCUCCAAUCCCAAACUGAUUUUGCCCGUCAGUCGGCCAAUCGAGCAUUUCCCACGACUGCAUCUUCCCACCAACGGUACUCAAAAGUCCAAGCUCUGUUUCUUCACUGGGCCUGCGAUGACUUGUUUGUGCUUCCUGAACUGGAGGACCUGGAAAAGUGUUUUCGAGAAGACUACCGUUAUGAUACCGACAUCUUCGCCAUCCCCACUGAGAAUUCCCAUCUUGAGCUAAUGCUCAAAAUCGGCGACAUGAUCAAACAACACGAGGGCCAGAAGACACUUUUUGUCGUCUACUAUGGAGGCCAUGCCCGGAUUGAUGACUCGCGUCAAAGUGCAUGGUCCGCUAUUCAGACACUCCUCGAAAGAACCCCAUCCGAUGUCCUGAUCCUUCUCGACUGCUGUGCAGGAGCAGCUAGUGCUACCUUCCCAAGUGGUCAAAGUAUUACCGAAACCAUUUCCGCUUCGAGCUGGGACGCCAUUGCCCCAAACCCCGGCCGAUAUUCUUUCACCAAUGCCUUGAUCGAAGUUCUUCAGGAAUGGAGGCAUAGGGUGUUCUCGGCUGCCAUGCUACAUGCUGAGAUUCUCGCACGUCUAAAGCAUCCGAGGCCAGUUCUUAUCAAUGGCAAACAUUUUGAAUCCAGGUCAACGCCUGUGCAUUUCAUGAUGACGUCCAACCACAAAGCACCAAGCAUAGAAAUUGGUCGACUUGUUCCGGAAUCUAGACGCUCACUAUCACCGUAUCAGCAGCACCAUCUCGUUUCUAGUCCACGACAGGAUGACUGGGGAGUGUCAUCACGAUCAACCUAUCCAUCGCUGCCCAGCUUGUCUGUUCCCAUGACCAGUGAGCCAAACGAGGACGAGCCCCAUGUCAUGAUCUCCUUGGCGCUCGAAGAAGACCAGCGAUUGGAUCUCAACGCUUGGGAGCAGUGGUUAGCCGGCUUUCCAGCCAUUGCCAAAUACGUCAAAGUUCAAGGAGUCUUCAAAAGCCAUUCGACAUUGCUUCUCCUUUCCUUGCCUAUUAUGGUUUGGGAUCUUCUCCCGGAUGACCCAGCAUGUUCCUUCAUAGCUUUCAUCAGGUCCAACAACCUUUUACGUGAAUCGGGCACGACAAAGUUACCACCAGAAAACGAAGUAACGGCCAGGAACGAGGAGGAGGAGGAGAACCAGGCGAUGGAUGCUGAUACGGAGUCUUUGAUGUCCGAGAUGACUACAAAUCACCCCGAAGACACUCACCGAACUGAUGCUCAAGCACGUACAUACAGACAAUCUGGCAGUUUUGGAACACGCGAAAUGCAACAACCUAGACAAGAAUUGGUUUCUCGGCCCUCCGUGCUGAGUUAUAUGGGGGAACAACUGGCUGGAGCUGUCAUGUCAUCAUCGCCUGACCCGUCUCUGUCCAGUCCAUCAGACUUGCCGGCCGCAUCCUGUAGUGCUAUUUCGUUGACAAUGGCCACCGACAACCUAGCAAGCACACCAGCCUGGCCACUGGAGCACGUUAUCGACCCUACACAUCAGGCCCCAGACUUGAGUCGGGAGACGAUCGCCCACUUGGAGGAUUGUUUCCGGAAGGACCCGCAACCUAGUGAAGCAAUUAUCGGCCUCCUUUCCUCCACAUUAAACGCAGAUCCAAACACAAUUGGUCUCUGGUUCGACCACCGCCGGCAGCACGAACAAACAACCCUCAACCUCCAGGGCCUCCACCACCGCAAUUCCGCACGCCAGACUCCUGCCAGCAAAGACGGCACCGCUCGCAUGAUCCUCCCAGGCCACCUCAACACCAUCCUUUCCAUCUAUCCCAACCGCGGCGCCAUCCUCUUACUAGAUCUCCGUUCCUCCGUUGACUUCGAAAGGUCCCACAUCUCUUCCGCCAUAAACCUCCGCUGCCCCGUCUCCUUCAUCCAGCAUGCCUCGCUCGAGAUGAUCGAAGACACCUUCACCGACGUUUCCUCCCGUCAUUCCUUCAACGGCUGGUACCAGUCCCGCUGUGUCGUAAUCUACGAUCGGAACAUAGAAUUUGACUGGGAGUGCCCCGUCGCCAACGCGUUACUGGCCCAAUUCUGUGGAAAGGGCUGGAAGGGCCAGUGUUUCAUCUUGAAGGGUCAUUAUAGGGAGUUUGCGGAUAGUUUUGUUAAGUGGAUCACGGGCAGCAAGUGGAAGAGUGUCCCUGACUCCGAUCAAGCCUUGAACCACCAUGCGACUGAAGAAGAACAAAGACAGAGGAGAAACAGGGAGUAUGAAGAGUGGCUUAAAGAGUUUAACGAAAGCGGCGAAGGGCUUGGAGGGAGGCGGAUUACUGAGCUGGGCCCGGCUAAGAGAGAGGAGAGGGCUCGGGCGGUGGAUCAGAGGCAGAAAGACCUGGAGAUGGAGCUGCAGGCGAGGUUUCCGGCGCUGUGGAGGAAGGCGGUGGCUAUGAGAGGCGAGCAUGAAAGGCGUGCUGGUGCUAGUGCUAGUGUUGAGGGCCACACUCUGGGAAGUCGAGAGAGCGACGAUGGCCCAUCGACCACUACUCAAACCGACAAUGUGGGCGACGAGUCUGUUUCACCGCAGCAGUCACCACCUCCUCCGCCUUUCAGUGCAACCGCGGACACAGACACGGCACGAGCUUCUAGCAACCAGUUUCAAGGAGGAUAUGACAAAGCACAACUAGUAGAGCCUUUGGUCAGUGGGCUGCAGAAGAUGCGCGAAGCAAGUGGCUUGGGCUUGGGUCUGAUGAACCAAGACCCUGCGUUUACUGCAGACUCUUCCGGUUAUCAUCAAUAUGGUGGCGAUGCGGCGCUCGGUUCAACGCCAUACGCAUACCCUUCAGGAAAGGUCGACUCUUAUGACCAAGGUGGUUCCAUGGAUAACUACAACGAUAAUUACUAUGAUGGGUUGGCAAGGGUUGGGGUUGCUAGUGGCAUGGGGAUGGCUACUAGUGGGACUGUGUCACCAAUGCCGCCGGAGUGGCAGCAGGAUGAGAGUGGGAUGAGUAGCUAUGGGGAAGGACGAGCUGAAACGGGGACUGGUGUUGAAAGCAGGUCAAAGAAGGCGAAGAAGAGAACCCAGUUACCGUUGUGGGAGAGAUUGAGAGGUGGUGGACGAUGA